AUGGGGCAAGGGUACUCAAUGUGUUCAAAGGAAACCUUGAUGGCAAGCAUUGACAACAAUUCAAACAUGUCCAUUGUUACAAGACUGGGAGCACAAGCAGAGUUGAAAUACAAGCUGUUUAGUUCAAGGGGUCAUCUCAGGUCCGAGUUCAAAGGGAUCACCUGCUCUGACCUCGACAACUUGAUAAAACUGGCAACAAAGGAAAUCAACACAAGUCUAAGCUUUGAUCCCUACCAUACCUUUUGGCUUAAGGUGCUGCAAGAGUUGCAAUCAAUGAAAGAUGAAUUUGCUCCAAAUGUUACAUCUGAAGGUGAUGGUGCUGUUAUUCCAAUUCCCAUUCCCAUUCCUAAUCCACAUGCAGGUGGUACGGUUGUGAGCAACAGUGGUGAACAAAACUUGAGAGGACUUGUGAAUCAAAGUGGGUAUGUUUCAGGAUAUGCUAAUGGAGCCAUUAUUUCUUUUCUUGAUUGUAAAUUUUCACACAAGUAA